AUGGGUGCCUUCACACGCGCCUCCAAGGCCGGCCAACGCGUGCAUCGGGAGCGUACCCAGCCGGAGAACCGAAAGAAGUAUGGUCUUCUGGAGAAGAAGAAAGAUUACAAGAACCGUGCGGAAGACUAUCACAAGAAAGAGAAAAAGUUGAAGAAGUUGCGGAAGCACGCACUUGAUCGCAACCCUGAUGAAUUCCACUAUCACAUGAAGAAUUCGGUCGUUAAGGACGGAAAACACUUCGAGAAACCCAUUGAGACGGAGGACACCGAGUUGCAGAAGCAGUUCGGCGAGGUCCGCGAUCUAGACUAUGUUCGGAAUGCUCUAUUCACGGAGAAAAAGAAAAUCCAAUCACUACGGUCGGAGCUUCAUCUGAUGGACUUUGAGGGCACUUCGCAGUCAACACACACCAUUUUUGUCGACACGAAAGAGGAGGCUCGGGCAUUCAACCCCGCCUCUUUCUUUGAUACGGAUCCCGAAUUGGUAGACCGCCCGAACAACAGGCUACGGAAGAGUGAUCUCGCGAAUAAAGAGAUACGCGGUGGAUAUGAUAAAGAAUUCGUCAAGGAAGCAGAAGCCGUUACAAAAGUGAGGUACAACGAAUUGCGGAAAAGAAUGGAAAGAGCCAACGAGUUGGAAGUGGUUGUGGGCAAGCUGGAAGUGAAGCGUCAUCUAGGGACUUAUAAGAACAAGGAGCUGCAGCCGAAGCUGGUAGAGCGUGGGGCCCCGGACAAAGCAGCCGUCUACAAAUUUCCUAUGAUCCGGAAGAAA